UGGAGACUUUACCUGGAGUUCCUACCUUUCUCCUGUUAACUUUUCCUUGGGACAAAAGGCGAGAUGGCUCUUUUCUGUUCCCAGACAUUUGUCUAAAGUUUCCUCACUUAAUUUCAUUUUGUUUUUGUUGUGGGAUUCCUAAGCAGACCAGAAGAAAAGACGUCUUUUGCUCUGGGGCAACAACUACUGCCACAGAAGGGAAGAGGUGAGUCUCUCCAGGCAGGUUGCUGCAGCCACACCUGCUAGACUGUUGUGAGAGAGGACUUUGCACAUUCUCCAAAGCAUGGUGAGUUGGUGCUGAUUACAAAGUUGCCUGGUGGAGGACAAGAAAGUGGAUCCGGAGAGACUCAGGGGAGAGGGAGAAGCCCCUCACCCCCCCUCCCCACCAGGUAGGGCACCAUGGGCAACCUCUGUCAGAGGCUCUGGGGGUACUUGGAGCCCUGUCUCCCCUGCUCGUUCCAGGAGGCAGACAAGCCAGUGGUGAUUGAGAAUCCGGGGGCCCGCUGCUCACCUGAUGCUCCCAGGCAACAGAGGCAGGAGCCGGAAAGGAGCCACAGCCGCUAUUUUGUGGCUCUGUUUGAUUACCAAGCUCGGACUGCAGAGGACCUGAGCUUCCAUGCGGGGGACAAGCUCCAAGUACUGGACUUUUCUCACGAGGGCUGGUGGUUUGCCAGGCACUUGGAGCAAAAAGCAGAUGGCUCCAGCCAGCAACUCCAGGGCUAUAUUCCUUCUAACUAUGUGGCUGAGGACAGGAGCCUACAGGCAGAGCCGUGGUUCUUUGGAGCAAUCAAAAGAGCAGAUGCAGAAAAACAACUAUUAUAUUCAGAAAAUCAGACCGGUGCUUUUCUAAUCAGAGAAAGUGAAAGUCAGAAAGGAGAUUUCUCCCUUUCAGUUUUAGAUGAAGGAGUCGUGAAGCACUACAGAAUCAGAAGACUGGAUGAAGGGGGCUUUUUCCUUACCCGGAGAAAGACGUUUUCAACCUUGAAUGCAUUUGUGAACCACUACACCAAGACUAGCGAUGGCUUGUGUGUCAAACUGGGAAAACCAUGUGUAAAGGUAGAAGUCCCAACUCCUUUUGAUUUGUCGUAUAAAACUGUGGAUCAGUGGGAGAUAGACCGCAACUCCAUACAGCUUCUGAAGCGAUUGGGUUCCGGGCAGUUUGGUGAAGUUUGGGAAGGUCUAUGGAACAACACCACCCCAGUGGCAGUAAAGACGUUAAAACCAGGUUCAAUGGAUCCAAAUGACUUCCUGAGGGAGGCACAGAUAAUGAAGAACCUAAGACACCCAAAGCUUAUCCAGCUUUAUGCUGUUUGCACUUUAGAAGAUCCAAUUUAUAUUAUUACAGAGUUGAUGAGAUAUGGAAGUCUGCAAGAAUAUCUCCAAAAUGAUGCUGGAUCAAAAAUCCAUCUGACUCAGCAAGUAGACAUGGCGGCACAAGUUGCCUCUGGAAUGGCCUAUCUGGAGUCCCAGAACUACAUCCACAGAGAUCUGGCAGCCAGAAAUGUCCUCGUUGGUGAACAUAAUAUUUACAAAGUUGCAGAUUUUGGGCUUGCAAGAGUUUUCAAGGUAGAUAAUGAAGACGUCUAUGAAUCUAAACAUGAAAUAAAGUUGCCAGUGAAGUGGACUGCACCUGAAGCCAUUCGCUCUAAUAAAUUCAGCAUUAAGUCUGAUGUGUGGUCAUUUGGAAUCCUACUUUAUGAAAUUAUUACUUAUGGCAGAAUGCCUUAUAGUGGUAUGACAGGUGCUCAGGUAAUCCAGAUGUUGAGUCAAAACUAUAGACUCCCUCAACCAUCUAGCUGCCCAGUGCAAUUCUACAACAUCAUGUUGGAGUGCUGGAAUGCAGACCCUAAGGAACGGCCAACAUUUGAGACACUGCAGUGGAAACUUGAGGACUACUUUGAAGCAGAUGCUUCAUAUUCGGAUACAGAUUGCUUUGUAAGAUGAACACAAAAGAAGAAUAUCAAAUAACCAAGUAACACUAAAAUUGAUUAAUCAGUCCAGAAAUACAACCUUAUCAACCAAUGACAAAAUCAUUUUAUCUUGACAUAUUCAAGUGAUAGGGUGAAUUUGGCCAUGCAUUGUAAAAAAAGAUUAUAUCCACAUUUUAUUGACUGGGCAACACUGCAGGACAGUCUGAGAUGAUUUAUCAUUUUUUUCACUGCCUGGCAAAAUUAAACACACACAGCAAAGUUAUUUUUUUCUUUUUGAAAGAUACUUACAUUUCUAAUUAUUGUUUGAAAUGCUGAUCAGGAGAAUCAACAGAUGAUAGUCAAUUUUUAUUCAGUGACUGUUGUAGCAUUUUCCUGUUUACUGAUUAGAGUGGUUAUUCAUUAUUCCUUGGAUUGCUGAAUCCCAUCAUGCUGUUAUUAUGAAGGAAUUUGAUUGCUUUGCUGCACAGCAGGACCUGUGCUUUGAGAUUUUUUUUGCUCUUUUUAAAUAUCCUGUGACUACAAUAAUGGUAAAGCCAUGUUAAAUGCCUUGAUUGUACUUGGAGUAAUUGCACAUAUUUUUUCCUUUUUCCUUGCAUAAAAAACUGAAGCAGCUGUUGAGAAGAAGAAUUAAAAUCUCUUAUUUUGUGGAAGGAAGUGAUGGAAUUUUUCUAUACCUCAGUAUGUGUCAUCUGAGAAUAAUCUACAUUAGUUUUAAUCUCUUAAUGUUAAGAAUCAGAUUGCAGUGGUGAUGAGUUAUGUAUGGAAAUAUGUGAGGAGCAUCUAAUCACCCACAAGUUCUGAAAAAUAGGUAUCAAAAUAGUUUAGGAAAAUGAGAGGAGAGCAGUAAGAUUGCUAUGGUCUGGGAUUUCUGAAUAAGUAAACAAAUGUACCUUUGGCAUAUAGGUCAGAGAUUUUAAUUGACUACAUAACAGGUCAAGCUCUGUUUUAGAUUUAGAAGCUAGAAAUAAUAUCUGAUGUUGGUUAUGAAACUAUAUCUUGUAUGGUCUAAGACGAAUUUUACUCUUCUUAAAUUUGCAUCAACCUUUGUAAUGAGGUUACCAUCUUCUUAAGCAAUGGGGUAUCAAAUUCUCUGCCUCAUUAGACGACUAGCAAGACUUCUCAAAAGUGGUUUCAAAAUCAAAUACAUUUUCAGAGAUCUCCUGAUGUAGAGCAAUAUGAAUGGAAUAAGCCAUGAGAAAACAGGAUACUUGCAGUAUAUUCAUUCUCUCAUCUUUCUUUAAAGGGAAAGUAGAGCUUAUCUGUUUAUUGGCAGGCAUCCUGAAUCAAAGUGAAUUAAGUAAUAAAUACAUUUGUAAAUUCUCAUAACUGGAAGACUAGAGGUUGGGAGGGCUAUAGUCAUGAUACCAUUAGCAGCUCAAUGAUAUUAACAGAUAGCCAAAUUCUUUCCAACUCUCCUGUCUGCCCUCUUCAGCAUUGUUCUUAUUCACAGGGACACAAGAUGGUAGCCAGGGCUGCUGGAACUCCCUGCUCUCUUUUCUUCAUCUAGAAGGAAAAAUGGGUAACCUCCCUCCUGAGCUUGAAUAUAAAUCUUUCUUUUUCUGUUUGUGAAAACCUAGGUCAUAUGCUUAACCUUGACCCAACAAUAGACUUUGGGAAUGUUCUGUGCUUAGUGGCUUAGAAUAAGGUCUACCACUGAAACUGGGAAUAUGGUCACCUUUCCUGGAGAUGGAGACACACUGGGGGGGGGGGGUUGCUUCUCUGAAUAAAAUCGAGGGAGAGUAGAUGUUGGAUAGGAGAUAACUGGAGAUGAAGUAACAGCAUUUAUCUAUUCAUCUAAUCUAUCUAAUCAUCUAUCUCAUCUAUCUGUAGCUAACUAUCAUCUAUCUAUUUAUUAUUUAUCAAUUUCUGUCUUUUUUCUGUGUACACACACACACACACACACACACACACACACACACACAUGCACUCAAUCUUUUCUAAAUCCCUUAAAUCAAAGUGAGUCACGUGGAGCAAAAAUUAUGGAACAGAAAAUAUUUGUAGCAUAACAUCAACAGUAAUCUUUUCUGUCAACCGACUACAUGUAGAGCAACUUCAAAUCUUUAUUUAAGGCCAUAUAGUGUCAUGCAAUCAAGGUGCAAAUUAUAAAUAUCUAGUUCUUAACAAUUAAAAGAAAGUAGCUCAUUUUUUUCAAAUUCAUUUAUUUGAGUCCAAUCCUGUUUAGGCAUGUAUAAAAAUGAUUGAAAUAUUACCAUUUUAUUGUGCAAAUUUAGCUACUAUAUAAUUUGUCUUUUUGUAGUACCCCAUAAUAAUAAAUUUUUUAGUAAGAUCUGAUUUUGAAAUGUAAAAGGAAGGUUAUCCUUUCCCAUUUUAAUACCACCUGAAACCUGUUUAACUUACUGUGUGUGAUUCUUGGGGACAUUUAUGUUCAAGGUUUUGUGAAAGCAAUCUAUUAUUCUUGUUUUUACCUGAUGGAUCAUGGAGAAAAAUAAUGGAUUCAGUUAUGAGAAGUGGUAAUAGAUUUUUUUUUAACUGACAUAAAUUUUCUCUCCCUGUAUAGAAUAAAAGGACCAGAAAAAGAUAAGUUGAAUUUUCCUACAAUGAGCCAGCUCUUGUUAAAUUUACCUCCCAUAAAUUGUAGCAAAGCACUUUUUAUGUAAUGUUUUAUUUAUGUAAUUCAGUUAUUUGGAGAUGGUGGUGAUGCAACUACAUCAUUUCAUGUGAUAUUUCAGACCUCUUUUGACAUAAACCUAACAACUGUUUGCAACAGGAAAAAUUCCAAAUUCCAUUAAGCCUCCUUUAAGAAGUUUUGGAAGGAAAUAGAUUUAAAUUACCUGAGAUCAAGAAGAGGCACAGAGUGCACUCCUUAUAGCUAUAAAACCUGAAUAUUUUGUCAUCAGAAACAGAGGGAAAGUCAAAGUGAUCAGCAACCUGCAAACUGGACUGUGGAUAUGGGCAGCCUUGAGGACACCAAAGAACCAGGAGGAUAUGAGACCCUCAGACUUAUGGGGAAAUACAAGCCUGGGAACCCCUCACAGUUUCUACUCAUAGCACGUGUCUGCAUGGUGAUUGCAUGGAUAGACUGAACCAUGAGGACCCAAGCUCUUUCAACUCCCUGAUGGCCUGGAUGGAACCAUUGCCCUUGGAAAGAUGCAGUACUCGCUUCCUGCUAUAGCUUCCUAGAGGAAGGAGGGUCCAGCUGGGCUCCAUGGCUAGCCAAACAUAUGCCAUACCUACAGUAGCAUUUUUCUUGGUCCAGUGGAACGUAUGAUUUCUGGACCAAAGAGCCUUGCUGGUAGUAUGUUAGAGAAAUUAUAUGAACUAGAAUGGUGAUGAUUUGGGUACCUUAUUCAAAUUGUGUCAUUGUGUUCCCCCAUUGGGAAAGGCCACUCUUAAAAAAAAAUAAAUGAGGUUUGUAAACCUGGGCAUUGGAAUUGUCAGUGGACUCAUGUGGAAAUGUUUGUAUUUUUUUGUUCAUUUUCUUGUUGUUUCUUGUAUUUUCUGGCAUUGUUAGGACAAGCUUUUGUCUGUAAUCUUCAACAUGAUGCAAAAAUUCAUCCAGACACAAAAACAAGUUGGGAAAUUUGAUGGAGAGUACUUGCUGUUCUUUUAAAUCCAUGACUCCAACCGUAUUUUAAUUUUCACAGUGUCAUCCUCACUGCCUACAUUGCCUCAUUAAACUCUUUCAGAUUUUUCUUUUCUUAAUAUAUUAAGGAGGGGAAUGUUGGUAGACCACAAAUUAUUUAUUACAUUUAGAAAUAUGCUAGAUAAUAAAAUUGUCUGAAACCUUGAAUUUCAGAGCCUUUAAGAAGUUUAGCUUCAAUCUGAAUUCAGAUGGUAUUCCCUAUGUACAGAUUAUAAGAUUAGGAUAAGGGAAGAGGCUGCCAAAUAUUUCACAUUUACUCUUUUAGCCUGGGUAGUUAAUUUAUCUACUAGCCUCUAAUGCAAUGUAGUUAAAUGUAACAUCUUUUUCAUUUCAUGGAAAAUAGCUCUUUCAGAAAAGGAUAAAUAAUCUUAAACAGUCCUUAAGGAUCCAGUUAUGUGUGUUGCUGUAUAGGGAUUCAAGUCAUAUAACAUAAUAACUGUGCAAUCGUAUGUAAGGAAGAAAGCACCUAAAAUGUUGCUCUGUUUGGAAGAAGCUAAACAUUGACUUAUAAUAAUUUUCUGGGGUCUUAGACUCGAGACUUUGAUUAUACUAUGUGUGAAAGAUAAAGCUGCUUGAUAUUAACAAAA